GGGAAGGUGGAAGAAGCAGUGAAGUUUGCCAUCGACAUUGGAUACCGCCACUUCGACUGUGCCUAUUUGUACAAGAAUGAGAGUGAAAUAGGGGAUGGGAUACAGCAGAAAAUCAAGGAAGGGGUUGUGAAACGGGAAGAUCUUUUUGUUGUCAGUAAGCUGUGGUGCACUUUUCAUAAGAGAUCCCUUGUGAAGGGGGCAUGCCAGAAAAGCCUUGCUGCACUGAAACUGGAUUACCUGGACCUCUACCUUAUUCAUUUUCCUAUGGGAUUCAAGGCUGGUGAGGAGAUGCGUCCUGUAGAUGACAACGGUAUGAUUGUCCCCAGUAACACUGAUAUUCUGGACACAUGGGAGGCUAUGGAAGAGCUGGUGGAUGCAGGUCUGGUGAAAGCCAUUGGAAUCUCCAACUUUAACCACAAACAGAUUGAGAGACUCUUAACUAAACCUGGUUUAAAAUUCAAGCCUGCCAACAACCAGGUAAAGUAUUUAUUCCUGCUGGUUUCUGCUGAACAUAGUGUAAAGACUGGGCUACAUAUGCUUGCACUGAACUUAAGGAAUUUGGAAUUCAGCAAAAUACUGAAAACUCAGGAAUGUCUGUUGCCAUUACGUUACACAUGUUUUCAGGCUUCUCCAGGGAAGGUGGAAGAAGCAGUGAAGUUUGCCAUCGACAUUGGAUACCGCCACUUCGACUGUGCCUAUUUGUACAAGAAUGAGAGUGAAAUAGGGGAUGGGAUACAGCAGAAAAUCAAGGAAGGGGUUGUGAAACGGGAAGAUCUUUUUGUUGUCAGUAAGCUGUGGUGCACUUUUCAUAAGAGAUCCCUUGUGAAGGGGGCAUGCCAGAAAAGCCUUGCUGCACUGAAACUGGAUUACCUGGACCUCUACCUUAUUCAUUUUCCUAUGGGAUUCAAGGCUGGUGAGGAGAUGCGUCCUGUAGAUGACAACGGUAUGAUUGUCCCCAGUAACACUGAUAUUCUGGACACAUGGGAGGCUAUGGAAGAGCUGGUGGAUGCAGGUCUGGUGAAAGCCAUUGGAAUCUCCAACUUUAACCACAAACAGAUUGAGAGACUCUUAACUAAACCUGGUUUAAAAUUCAAGCCUGCCAACAACCAGGUAAAUGAGAAUGUAUUAGAGAAGUAUCUUCAACGCUCUCACACAUCACACGAGUUCAGCAGUGUACAGGGCAAAAUCAUAAAGUGGUUUGAAAAACAGGUUCUGAUCCGGUUUCACAUCCAGAGGAAUGUGGCAGUCAUUCCCAAGUCUGACAAACCACACCGUAUUGAGGAGAACUUGAAG